AUGACCAAUGUCUUGCAAGUAAAUAUAAGAGAAAAUGAAGUUUUUAAAUUAGGGCAGUCGUGUAAUGAAAUCAGUGAUUGUCAAAAAAUCUCGAAUGCAAUAUGUUCAAGUAAUGGACAGUGUCGUUGUGAAUCAAACUAUGUUGAUCUAAAUAAAACUGUUUGUGCUCCAAAAUUGGGUGGGAACUGUGAAAAUCAUAUACAAUGUGUGACCGCUAAUGCUGUUUGUAUUAAUAAUAAAUGUCAAUGCCAGCCGGACUUUUCAUCACGAUACGAUGAUGAAUGUAUAAUAAAUUAUUUGGGAAUGAUGUGUGAAAAUAAGAAAGAUUGCGAAAAGAUACAAUAUGCAGAAUGUUCAAAAAAUAAAAAAUGUGUUUGUAAAUUGAAUUAUGUUCAAUCUAAUCCAGCAAAGUGUGCAUUGGUAUUAGGUAAAUAUUGUAACAAUAAUAACCAAUGUGCUACUGAAAAUUCAUUUUGUUUUGAAAAUAAAUGUCAAUGCAAAGUUAACUACAUAAAACGAUCUAAUAAUCAGUGUAUACCAAUGUACUUGCAACAAGCUUGCAAAAGUAAUGAUGAUUGUAAAGAAAUAAAGUUUUCAAUCUGUUCUGAAGAAAAAAAAUGUAUUUGUGACUCAAAUUACAUCACAAUUAAAAAUAUUAAAUGUGAAGCAGUGAUAAAUGAAUACUGUAGUACAAAUGCAGAUUGUUUUCCUGAUCACUCUAUCUGUAUUGACAAUAAAUGUCAAUGUCAUGGAAAUUCCUCAUUUCGGUCUAACAGAGAAUGUACGCCGAAUCAUCAUCAUUAUUAUUGCCGUAAUAAUAGAGAUUGUGAAAAAAAUAUAUAUUCAGUUUGUUCAAAAGAUAGCGUAUGCGUUUGUAAAGAUAAUUACGUUGUGAUUGGGAAUAACGUUUGUGCGCCUCUUUUGAAUGAAUAUUGUCAAACGGGUGAUCAAUGUGCACUCACUAAUUCGAUUUGCAUUGAUAAUAAAUGUCAAUGUAAUGUUAAUUAUGUAUCACGGCUAGGCAAUAAAUGUUUACCAAAAUUUACAAAAAAAUUCUGUCACACAAACGAUGACUGUAGUGAUAUACUGAAUGCCGAGUGUACGAAUGAUAAUAAAUGUGGAUGCAAAACAAACUAUUUUGCAUUAAAUAAUACAAAGUGUGCACCACUUGUAGGUGGAUUUUGUUCGGAAACUGAAAAUUGUGUUGUAACAAAUUCGAUUUGCAACAAUAAUAAGUGUCAAUGCAAACAUAACUAUACGUCCACAUCUAAUAAUCAGUGUGUACUACUUACAUUAGGUAAACCAUGUACAGAAGAUAUAGAUUGUUCAAUGAUACCACAUUCCGUAUGUUCUAACGAUAAAAUUUGUGUUUGUGAAAUAAAUCAUAUUGCAAUGGAUGAACGAGAAUGUUUACCAGCCCUUGGCGCAUAUUGUUCAAAUAACGAUCAAUGUCGGUACAAUGAAUCUCAUUGCAUUGAUAAUACGUGUCAAUGUAAGCCUAUGUUUUCAUCCGUGUCAAUGAGUCAAUGUGUACCAUUGCAUCAAAAACAUUAUUGCCAUGAAGACUAUGACUGUAGUGAUCCUUGGCAUGGGCAAUGUUCGGUCGAUAAAAGAUGUACUUGUAAAAUAAAUAAUAUUGCAUCAAAUGAUUGGACAUGUUCACCAACUAUUGGUGGUUAUUGCUGGAAAAAUGACCAGUGUGUUACAAAAAAUUCUGUUUGUAUAGAUUAUCAAUGUAAAUGCAAGCGUACUUUCGUUGCUGUAGCCAAUAAUUUAUGCUUGCCAGAUAUCUCAUUGGGCAUGGCGUGCGAAGUAAAUGAAGAUUGUGAGAAAAUAUCGCGGUCAGAAUGUUCAAAAACUAAGCAAUGCGGUUGUAAAUUAAAAAAUAUUCAAAUAAAUUUGAAACAGUGUGCACCAAUAUUGGGUGAAUUUUGUUGGCUAGAUAGUAUGUGUGGCGUAACUAAUUCUGUUUGCAUUGAUAAUUCAUGUAAAUGUAAAGCUAAUUAUUCAUCACGAUCUAAUAUUCACUGCAUACCAAAGGUACUAGGAUCAUUUUGUGAAAAUGAUAUAAUGUGUGAAAAUGUUACAUUUUCAAAGUGUAUGGAUAACAAAGUUUGUGGUUGUUCAUUAAAUACAUUGUCAAUAAAUGACAAUCACUGUGCAUCUCUUUUAGGCGGGUUUUGUAUGACUAAAAACGAUUGUUUACCUUCUAAUUCAGUUUGUAUUGAAAACAUGUGUAAAUGCAAAAUUGGUUUUGCACCACGAAAUAACACUAUGUGUAUACAAGGUGAGUUAGGCAUGCCUUGCGGGAGUAAUAUUGAAUGUAAUAUCAAAAUAGAACAUACAAUGUGCUGGACAGAUAAGAAAUGUAUUUGUGAGUUUGGUUAUCAUGCUAUCGGUAAUUAUACCUGCGCACCAAAUAUUAAUAGACAAUGUUCGUAUAAUGAAUUAUGCGCAACUAAAAAUUCCUUAUGUAUUGAUAAUGAAUGUCAAUGUAAGCCUCACUACACAUUAAGAGCUGAAAAAUGCAUACCAACUUAUUUGCAUGAACCCUGUGACGAUAAUGAAGAUUGUGAAGCAAUUACUAAUGCAAAAUGUUCAAUAGAUAAGAUAUGUGUAUGUGAGCAUUUGUAUAGUCAAUACAAUAGAACAACAUGCUGGUCAAAACUAACCGGAUUAUGUAUGUCAGAUGAACAAUGUACAGUAAUUAAUUCUGUUUGUGUUAAUAAACGCUGUCAAUGUAAAUCACAUUAUCUUGCUGUAUUAAAUGAAGAAUGUCUUGCAGUUAAUUUGAGACAACCAUGUAAAUUUGAUGAAGAUUGUCAAUACAUAAAAUAUGCAGUGUGUUCGAAAAAUAAAAAAUGUGUUUGUAAACCCAAUUACAUCAUUGUGCAAGGAACAAAAUGUGAAGCUCUUAUUAAUGAAGCUUGUGAUAGAGAUUUCGAAUGCUUUCCAGAGUAUUCUGUUUGUGCCAAUAAUAAAUGUCAAUGCCAAGAAAAUUUCACGGUUCGAUUUAACCGAGAAUGUGAAAUAUGUUAG